AUGCACACUUUCUACGAGAUUUUGCUCGUGCCCAAUAAUGAGGGAGAGACAACGAUAUCGUUCUUUACAAAUGGAAAGAGAUAUCUAUUCAAUUGCUCCGAAAAUCUAAACCGUUUCUGUACCGAAUGUGGAGUGCGUAUAUUCUCUAAUUUGGAUCAUAUUUUCAUUCCACACAUUUCACCAACCUAUUUGGGAGGUUUACCAGGAGCAAUUAUUACGUCUUCCGAAUUGCAACCCGCCAACAAACUUCACUUGUAUGGACCUCCCAAUUUGUGGCAUUAUUUAACAUCAUUGAGGCCGUUUGUGAAAACUUCAAUGCAUUUUAAGAUUAUGUUGAAUCAAAUGAUGGAACAUCAACUAGACCAAGAUUAUCUUUUUCAUAGCGAUGAAAAUCUUACAGUACGAGGUUUACUGUUAAAAAGUGACCGUGCUUCAAGAGGAGAUUACCACUCCCACUUACAGCAAUGUGAUUUUGGAGCGCCAUUCGUAUUACGAAAUGCUAAUGGCAGCUUUAGAAAACACUCGUCAAAUAUUGUUGGAAAUUUAUCUUGGGAUUUUCUCUUCUCAACUAAGAAGAAUGACAACAACAAAAAUACCUCGUCAUCAAAUAGCAGCGGUCGUGAUUCUCAAAGUACAGACCUUUCUCCCAUGAAAAAAAAGCAAAAAAAGGAGAGUGAGGCAUGUUAUUAUAGCUUUAAAAACCGCUUGAACAUUCAACCAUUAGGCGAGUUUGAAAUUACUCAAAAUGAGACUCUCAGAGAAAUGCUUAAACACAUGCAUCCAACCAUGGCUGAUUAUUGUCUAUGCUUUUUAUGCAAGACUGCAGACAUUCCAGGUAAAUUUGAUGCUGAAAAAGCCAACCUGCUUGGCAUUGUUGGAGCAGACAGAGGAAGACUUGUCAAAGGUGAAACCAUACAAGUGAACGGACGUACCAUCAAACCUGAAGAUAUUAUUAGUCCUCCAACACCUGGUUCAGAAGUACUAAUUAUUAAUUGCCCUAAUGAGCAUUACUUGACAAGUUUGUUGUCAAACAAACACUUUGAAAAGUACAUGAGCACGGUAGUAUCGGUGAUACACUGUGUUCCUCAUCAUAUUCUCACAACUCCUCAAUAUCGAGAAUUUAUGGAUAAGUUUCAUAAGGAAUGCGAUCAUGUCAUUGUAAAUGAAGACUCCUCAAAGGAUGCCUCAUCAUUUGUUUCCUCCUGUACGAACAUUACAGAGUUCAGUCUAGUUGAUAAGGAAUUAUUUACUCAAUGUUUAACACCGAAUUACAAGAGUGACUCUGGCUCAAAUAGAUCACAAGUCAUUGAGCAGCAUCCAAAUGCAAAAGUGGUAUAUGGAGAAAGUUUAAUGAGAUACAAUCUUAUUCCAGUUCGAUAUAGAGGCAUAGACAAUAGCAAAGUAUCGUAUAUUCACAAAAUUGAUCCAGAACAAGUUGAGCAAACCUUUUACCAAAAUUAUCCAGCCAUUGCCAAACAUUUGAAUGACUACAAGGAAAGAGUUGCCAAGGAAAGUGACUUGAAUCAGACCGAAUCUCAUCCACAAGCCAAUAUUUUAAAGAAAUGUAGUGAUGAGGAAUUUGAAAUAAUUUUCUUGGGAACUGGUUCUUCUAUUCCAUCCAAGUAUAGAAAUGUGACUGGUAUUUUAUUGAACUUGUUCGAUCGUGGAGCAAUUCUGUUUGACUGUGGAGAAGGAACAUUGUCUCAAAUUUACAGAGCAUGUGGAAAAGAAAAGCAGAGGCCAUUUUGA